AUGUAUGUGAAUCAUAAUUACGUUAUUAUUAUUAUUAAAAAUAUUUGGAAAGUGAAAUUGUUCUUUACGUUGAUUUUCAUCAGUUCUUCAAUUUUUGAUAUAAUAAUUAAUCCGACUUUUGCAUAUGAGACUGCAAUAAAUCAUGUUGAAUCAAGCAACAAUGGCCUCAAAGUAGUUGAUGGGAUUAAUUAUCAGGAUGGAACAAUUUUAUUAAGAUUGUUGAAUCCUUUAAAUUACUGUAAUGAGAAUACAAUCUAUUUACGAUUAGUCCAUACAAAUGAAACUGUUACAACUUUAAAUUUAAAUAAUUUGAACAUUCCAUGGGAAAAUUUUUGCUACAAACUUGCAUUGGUUGCUAAUAGUAAACAAAGUAGUGGUGGUAGCAGUAGUGGUGAUAGCAUUACAAUAAAUGCUAUAGCUUAUAAAUAUAUAUUAAUAAAUUAUUUUUGUAAUCGUUCCAUUUCUAAUAAAGUUUGUGGUGAUGUCGUUACUUGGACUGGUGAAUUAGUAAGUAAUAUUGAAUUUGAGAAUGUAUGUGAUGACAGUAUAAUUAUUCAAAGCCAUAAAAAAGAUGAUGGAUUUUUGCGUGUGUGUUAUGUUAAAGAUACAAAAGAAAUCAUUUGGACAAAAUACAGUGUACCAAAUAUUUCUACUGGUACAAUAUUAGAAACUUCUACUGGAAAAUUAACAGAUAUAACCAACUUUAACCCAAACAUUACAAAGUUCUUUUCAAGAGAAGAUGGAAGUUAUGCCAUGGUAACUUGUACAACUGACACAAAAACAACUACUGAUAGUAAUCAAUUUACUGGAGAUUGGACAAUUGCUGUAACAUUUUUAUCUGUUGAUGAUAGUUUGCAACCAACAGGCCCUUUUGAGUUAUAUAAAAGUAAAACAAAUGGUAAUGGUUCGAUUGAUAUUGUUAAUAUCCAUAGGUGUGAUCUCGCCUAUUACUUUUCAGGAUACAGUUGUCUGAUUACAAUUGUUAGAUCAACAAACAUAUCAUUUAUAGAUAUUGAUUUCACAUCUUCUGGUAACUUGUAUUCGGUAACACCAGAAUUUUCAAUUGCUCAAGUUUCAAAUACAACAACAACAAUAUGGGAUGUUCAAACAUUGUAUUAUGGUGGAUAUGUUAUUUUAGUAGAGACUGUUCCGACUGGUAAUGUUGAUGGACACAUUUGUAGUAAUAAUGGCACCUAUUUUGGAAAUUGGAGCUUCUCAAGCCAAUAUCAAUACACUAAUAAAAUUGCAGGGGUUCUGCCUGACAAUACACUAUGGACAAUACCUAAACAACCAACUGACGAUUAUUCUUGGACAUGUUUAUUGACCGAUGCUUUAACCAAUUAUAGUACAGUUCAAGGUAAUAAUGGUAGUUUCAAUACUAUUAGUGGGUUUCCUGGUGGUCCUGGAGGUUAUGGAUCUGAUAGUAUAUUGUCAACAGUGCCAGAAAAAAAUUCAAGCAUAAUUUCUGCAAAUACUGAUUCAAUCACAAUAACUUAUACUAAAUCAGUUAAAAAAUCAUCAGGAAAUAUUAAUAUUUACCAAUUACGUUCUAGCACAAACAUUAAUAUUAAUAACAAUGAUGAUUACUAUGAUGAGAGUGAAGAUUUAUUGCGUCAAUCAUGCUCUGGUCAAUCUGAUUAUGUUCAAAUCGAAGGUAACACUGGUACAACAUAUUACACAUCAUUAUCAAUAAAUGAUCAAUUGGAUUUUGUUGGCAAAUUGUCAAAUGAAUUAUCCAAUGCACUUCCAUGUGAUAUAGCACGUAUAAAAAUAUCAACAAAAUAUCAAUAUAGUCAUAACAACCAUGAUAGUAUCAAUGACAAUCUUAGUAAGAUCAUAUUCAAAAAUUAUGAAAUGAAUAUCACAACUAAUUCAACUGAUCAAAUAUUUAUGAGAAUUGAUAUUGAGGGAACAUCAUCAAUAACAGAAUUGAGUGCAAUACAAUUAGCAAGUGAUUUGAAUGAAUUGAUAAUAAAUAAAAAUGCUACGUUAUUAUCUAAAGGAUUAUACACUAAUUUGAUUGAUUCUGGUUACGGGGCUGAACAACUAGACAGAACUCGUAGAUAUAAAUCGGCACAAAGCUUUUUGGCAACUACUAUGUUCAUAUUUAUCACAACAGAUUUUUGUUUGGAUAUUGUCUUUGUAUCUAUACAUGGAAAAGAUUUCAAAUGGUUAUAUCUUUCAAGUGAUGAUAAAUUGAUAUUUAUUGGUAGAGUGUUUAGCUUGAUGGUUGAAGAUAAUAGUUUUGGCAGUAUUAUUGGUGGUGAUAGUAGUGGGCGUGAUGAAUAUGAUGAUAGGAAAUUAAUUAUCGAUAACAAAAAAAGCGGCAGUAGUAGAAGAAAGAAAAGUUCUAGUAUUAGUAGAAAGGGUAGCACUGAUGAUACUUAUAGCAGUUCUGAGAAAAAGAAAAGGAGGAGUAGUAAAAGUAAUAAGGAUAAAGAAAUAACAUCAAUGUUUGAUGAAGAUUAUAAAAAAUCAAGGUCCAUUAAUAAAGAAAAGAACGUUGCCCCUGAUAGUAAUGAUGAUACUAAUCUUACCAAUAUAUUAUUUUCAUCGCCAAUAUUAUUAGAUACACCAACAUCUAAUAUUGGCGAUGAUCCAAAAAGUAGUGAAUCAGAAGCAGCAAAUGGCAAGGACAUUGAUGAUAACAGUAGUAAUAGUAAUAGUGAUUCUCAGAGACCUGAAGAUAGUGAUUAUGAAAAUCAAGGUGAACCUGUUGCAAUUUAUAAAAACAUCACAAGUGGAAUAUUAGAAACUGAAGAAGUUGGUAAAUCAUCAACAGGAAUUGUUGUACCUUCAUUAUCGCCUUCUUAUACACCUAAUAUAUCACUUGAUACAUCAUCAUCCGCAUCAACAAAAUUAAGCACCACCCCGUAA